AAACGAAAGCUUCGUGAAUUUCGGUUAACGUGAUCGCGUUCGAAGAGCGUUCGAAAUUUGAAAUUGUAAAUUGGAGUUUUUUUUACAAUGCUAUCUGUGGAAUGGUGGUUUUAAUAUUCGUUUUAUGGAAUAUUUUGUGGCCAGUAUACCAGUGUAUGUGUUAUUGUGAAACAAAUGUAUAGUGAUGUGUAAGUGAGGUGUAGUGACAAGAUGGAGUCGAACCCAUUGCCUCUGGAGACGGAGGACGAAGGCCGUCAGCCACAGGGCUCCUCCACGGGCAGCGGGUCUUCAUCAGGAACUGGAUAUUAUGGACAUAAGAACGGUGAAUGGCGCGGUGAGAGAAGAAUGUUGGAUAUAACAAGAGACAAGCCAGUUAAAGUUUGCGUUCGAGUUGUGGUACCCGUACGUGACCAUCCAAAGUUUAACUUCGUUGGGAAACUGUUGGGUCCAAAAGGUAAUUCGUUGAAGAGGCUUCAAGAGGACACCAUGUGCAAGAUGGCGGUGCUCGGUCGCGGCUCUAUGAAAGAUAGACAAAAGGAGGAAGAGCUGCGAGUGUCGGGUGAUCCUAAAUUCGCUCAUCUAUCAGACGAGUUGCACGUAGAGAUCAGCGCAUUUGCGACUCCAGCUGAGGCACACGCACGUAUUGCGUAUGCUCUCGCGGAACUGAGAAGAUUUCUAGUACCUGACUACAACGAUGACAUAAGACAGGAACAGAUGCUAGAAAUGCAGAUACUCUCGUCGCAAAGCGAACAGAGACGACUGACUCCGCCGGAAUCUUCCAGAAGUGGGAGCGAAGAAACUCUACCCCUAAGAGAUGCAGGGCCUAAACAAAGACCGAUGCCAAAUAUGCAGCAAGCGGCAGUGCCGACGUCUCUCCCUGGCGGCAUCGCUCUCAGCCCAGCGAACGUUCGAGAAUUUUCGCCUCCGGCGCCCACAUCUGCACAAGAACAUAUAUCUUCACAUCAUCAGAUAGCGGCCGGACACGCUGGUCACGGCGUGCUCGUGGGCAGCGGAGUUCUGCAACAACCCACACAUCACUUACUCACACAGAACUCAUUAUUAGGUGCGGGUGGGGGGGUUGCGAGCGCGGGCCGCAAGCGGCCGCUGCUGGGUGGCGCGCGGGCCGCCAUGUCGCCGACUAAACGUGCGGUUAUCUCGCUGCUGGCGCGCGCGCGGGCCGCCGCACACAAGCACGCGCCCACAUGG